AGGGGGCAGGGACACGUGUCACCACUCUGGAGGAGGCACCAGUGAGGGGGGGGUCAGAGGAUGCCCCUGUCAGGCACUGACGGCCAGGGUGCGGCCUUCACUCUGCUCCGCGGCCGGACCUUCUGUCCUGGGUUUUCCCUUGAGCUGGCCUUGGGCUGAGAGCCGCCGCCAGUGACCUGGAGAGUCCCGAGGAUGGUGUAACUCAAACCUCUGGUCCCAUAAGGUCUGUGCCAGGCCAGGCCCACGGCGCAGCUGGAUCAGUUUCCCCUGCCUCCUCCUUCGCGUGGGAAGUCCCGGGUGCUCGUAGGCCGAGGGGCUCUCCUGUGACCUGGGCUUUACCGCGGGCAGUGCUUCUGCUGCCAGGCAGCCCAUCAGACUCCGAGGCUCCAGGGGGGCCCCUCCAGGCUCUGGGCUUGGCUGCUCCAGGCUGCCCCGCUGGGGUCUCUGGCUGCCCGAGACCCUCCUUCCCUCCCUCCCUCCUGAGCCUGAAGCGCAGCCUCCCGGGCGGACGUCACGGGACUCCCUGGCUCUGCCGCUGUCCCGUUUGUUGUCUAAGCCAAAUCCUCCUCCUUGCUCCUCAGCCUUGUCUGCUGGCUGAAGACUUUCCUCCUGGCGAGCCCAGUGCCUGUCACGCUCCGCGCCCCGCGUGCCAUACUUGUCUCAGCCCUGCCCUCCACCUGGCACGUUUGAUCUGUUGCUCGUAGGUCUUCCUGGGCUGUGAGCUGCCUGAGGACAGGGGCAUUGUCUGUCUUGUUCGUACCCUUGCCCAUGCUGCGGGCAGUGCCCAGCACACUGUAGGUGCCUGGGGGAAGACGGAAGGCUUGCAUGUGGGCUGCCGCGACCACCCCGUCCCCCGUCCCUGCAGGUCUGCCCAGGGCUCUGAGGUGCAGGCCCGGCGCUCUGGGGAAGCCGGCCGAGUGUGGACUGUGGGGCCCGCAGGGGGACCGGGGCUGUGAUGGAGUCGGGCUGGGGGAGGCCACAGGCAGGAGGCCACAGGCACUUAGGCGAGAAGGAAGUCUAGAGGGGCCUCCAGCAGGAGAGGCCUUGGUGUUGGGCUUUGAAGUGUGACGGAGCAGGCCUUCCUUGGAGCAAAAACAGCCAGAGUGAAGGCAGGCAAGCAGGAGAGGCGGGCGUGCUCGCGACCCCGCAGUUCUGAGAGGCGGGAGCCCUGUGAGGAUGCGAGUGGAGAGGCUGGGCAUGGGGGCACUGCCAGCCACCUCGUUCCUCCCACUCCGGCCCGAAGCUGUCGGUCCCUUCCUCCCACGCUUCCCUGCUUGGCCUGGGGCAGCUGGCUGUUCAUGGAAGAGGCUGGAAGCCCUCCUCCCCCGGGAAGCCCCCAAAGCCUGUGCUGCCCUGGGAGGCUGCCCCAGCCUUCUGCCUGCGCAGCACCAUCUCCCCACCUUCGCUCCCGUCCAGCCCUGUCUGGGAACAGACACCGGGAGGACAGCGGCCGCCUCUGUUCUGUCUCCACCCGCCGGGGCCUGAGGAUGAAGCUGAGCCCGCCGCCCUGGCCCCUGUCCUGUCUCCUCGUGCUGCUGUCCUGGCCUCUGGCCACUGCCGCAUCAACAGCCCCUCGGCCGUGCCCGCCCGGGAAGGAGCCCAACCUGGAACCAGGGCAGGUCCCAUUGUGCAGGUCCUGCCCCCCAGGCACCUUCUCAGCCUCCUGGGGCUCUCGCCCAUGCCAGCCCCACUCACGCUGCAGCCCUCGAGGGAGGCUCGAGGCCCAGGUGGGCACGGCAAUUCAGGACGCACUGUGUGGAGACUGCCAGCCUGGGUGGUUUUCCCCUUCAGAGGUCCCCGGUGUUCCCUGUCAACCAUGCUCCCGGACCCCUCUGGGCGCCCGCAGCUGUUACGAACGGGGGCGACGGACCCGACGUGGCGUGGAGGUGGCCGCAGGGGCCGGCGGUGCAGGGGAGACGCGGCAGCCUGGGAACAGCACGCGGGCGGGCAGCCCCGAGGAGACGGCUGCCCAGUACGCAGUGAUCGCCAUCGUGCCCAUCUUCUGUCUAAUGGGGCUGCUGGGCAUCCUGGUGUGCAACCUGCUCAAGCGGAAGGGCUACCACUGCACGGCCCAGAAGGAGGUCGGGCCUGGCCCCGGAGGCGGAGGCAGCGGGAUCAACCCUGCCUACCGGACCGAGGACGCCAAUGAGGACACCAUUGGGGUCUUGGUGCGCCUGAUCACAGAGAAGAAAGAGAAUGCAGCGGCACUGGAGGAGCUACUGAAGGAGUACCACAGCCGACAGCUGGUGCAGACCAGCCACCGGCCUCUGCCCAGGCUGCCGCCGGGCCCACCCAGCAUGCCGCACGUCUGCCCGCAUCGCCACCACCUCCACACCGUGCAGGGCCUGGCCUCACUCUCGGGCCCCAGCUGCUCGCGUUGUAGCCAGAAGAAGUGGCCCGAGGUGCUGCUGUCCCCUGAGGCCGCAGCUGCCACAACCCCCACUCCCAGACUCCUGCCCAACCCAGCCAGGACCCCCAAGACCGGGGCCAAGGCCGGACGCCAGGGCGAGAUCACCAUCUUGUCUGUGGGCAGGUUCCGCGUGGCCCGAAUUCCCGAGCAGCGCAUGAGUUCAGUGGGCUCUGAAGUGAAGACCAUCACGGAGGCUGGGCCUUCAGGGGGUGAGCUCCCCAACUCCCCACGACCUGGCCUCCCCAGUGAGCAGCGGGCACUUCUGGGAAGUGGUGGAAGCCACGCUAAGUGGCCAAAGCCCCCAGCAGAGAACAAGGCUGAGGAGAACCGCUAUGUGGUCCGGCUAAGUGAGAGCAAUCUGGUCAUCUGAGGGGCUGUCCCGUCUGAGGACCCUGCAGCCCUGCCCUGGGCGGUUCCGAAGGCUUCCUGGAGGAGGCGGAGCUGCAGCUGGGCCUGUGACGAUCCAGGAAGGCCCAGCAGACAAAACCGCCAAGGCCUGGAGGUGGGAGUGUCCACCCCGGUGAGGAGACGGGCAGGCCGGCCGGCGGGUGCUGUGUGCAGGAGCAGGUGGAGGCCUCUCCCGUCCCUGCCGCCCAUUUCCCUCCCCGCAGGUCCCUGAGCCUGUGCCCUGCCCUGACCUCUGCUCCACCGGGCGGCUGGGCCUUGGUGGUGGGGAGGGGCCCUCUCCCUGGCACCCCUGGCCCCACCCCUUGCCUCUGUAGGGGGACCGCUCCCUCUUUUUCUGACAGGUCCCUUACAGGACCUGGGCUGGGAGCUGAGUUCUGGGUUCUCAUCUAGGGCAAGCCCCUGGCCAUUACUGGGUCCCAGUUCUUUUGACUGUGAAGUGGGGGUAGCAGCGUCUCAGUGCGCAGGGCCUUCCUGCCUUGCAGAUUCUGGGCUGGGUCGUGGGACUGGAGAGCUCGACUCCACGCCGCCCCUCCCACUAGUAGCUUUAUCUGACCCCGUUCUUGCUGCUUCAGGGCCUCUGCCUUCAAGUCUCCCCCGGGGCUGCCUGAAUGUGGCUCUGCAUACAUAAGGGGCCUAAUGCAUGUGCCUGCCCCUGCCCCUGCCGUUUUUUAUUGGACCUGAAGAAACAGACUUGACCUGGGCAGGACUGUGGUGCAGAGCCCCAGCCACCCCCAAGGUCUCAGGCGCUUCGGAGGGAAAGUGGUGUGUGUGACAGGGCUGGAGAGGGGCCUCUGGCCCUGGUUUGUGUCCCUGUGGUGUUGGUGUCUGUCCCCUCGCCUGGGCAGUGCGGGCGACUGCCCCGCCUCCGUCUCCACUCUGGCUCAGCAGUCUCGUUAUUUAUGUGGGGCUGUGCAGGCACGGGCCCACGGCUGUCCCCGUUUCUCUUAUUUAUUGAAACUUGGCUGUUGUCCAUCCUUGUGUCUCCAUACCCAUCUGUUUGUUGAAUAAUAAAAAUGUGGGAAAGUAGUGUCAGGAGGA